AACCGUAUGUUUAGGCAGUAGGGAGUAUCUGCUAGGGUCUGGAUUGGAGUUACACAGGCCGGACCCUACGUAUAUGAUUGGCGUCUGAGGAACUAUACAGGCUUCUCCUUGCCUCAAAGAGUCUACAUGUCUAAUAUUUAGACAUGUUCAGCUUUGUGGAUAUUCGGUUAGGGCUGUUGCUUGCAGCAGCAGUCCUCGUGGUGAGAGGACAAGGCGAGGAUGACAGUUUAUUCAGCAGCUGUACAUUAGAAGGCCAGUCGUACAAUGACAAGGAUGUAUGGAAACCUGAGCCAUGCCGGAUUUGCGUCUGUGACAGCGGAACUGUUUUGUGCGACGAGGUCAUCUGCGAAGACAUGGAAGACUGCGCCAAUCCAGAAAUUCCCGAUGGAGAAUGCUGCCCUAUCUGUCCCGACGGUUUCAUUGAUCCAGAGGGGCCUGACCAUUCUCAGGUUGAUGGACCCCAGGGAGAUCCUGGACCUAAGGGUGACCCAGGUCCUGAAGGGCCUCCCGGUAACGAUGGCAUUCCUGGAGAGCCCGGACUUCCCGGGCCCCCUGGCCCCCCUGGCCCCCCUGGCCUUGGUGGAAACUACUUGCCCCAGAUCUCCUACGGCAGUGAGAAGUCCAGUGGCCCAUCUGUUCCCGGACCCCCAGGCCCAAUGGGUCCCCGUGGCCCUCCUGGACCCGGAGGUUCUCCAGGUCCUCAAGGGUUCACUGGACCCUCAGGCGAGCCUGGUGAGCCCGGUGCUCCUGGUCCCAUGGGUCCUCGUGGUCCCUCUGGUCCUCACGGAAAGAAUGGAGAUGACGGUGAAGCUGGCAAACCUGGUCGUCCUGGUGAGCGUGGAGCUGCUGGCCCUCAGGGAGCCCGUGGAUUCCCUGGUACUCCAGGACUACCUGGCAUCAAGGGACACAGAGGUUUCUCUGGUCUAGAUGGAGCUAAGGGAGACAGUGGCCCUGCAGGACCUAAGGGAGAAGCUGGAUCGCCUGGUGAGAAUGGUGCUGCUGGUGUUAUGGGACCUCGCGGUCUGCCUGGUGAGAGAGGCCGCCCUGGACCUGCUGGUCCUAGUGGUGCUCGUGGUAACGAUGGCAACUCUGGUCCCGCUGGACCAACUGGACCCACUGGACCAUCUGGUCCACCUGGAUUCCCUGGUGGUGCUGGAAUGAAGGGUGAGACUGGCCCCGCUGGAGGUCGUGGCUCAGAGGGACCUCAGGGAGCCCGUGGAGAGCCUGGUAACCCUGGACCUGCAGGACCUGCCGGAACUGCUGGUCCACCUGGUGCUGAUGGCCAGCCUGGUGGCAAGGGUUCUCCUGGUGCUGUUGGUAUUGCUGGAGCUCCUGGUUUCCCAGGAUCCCGCGGACCCGCCGGACCCACCGGCCCUGGUGGUGCACCUGGUCCCAAAGGGAACACUGGUGAUACUGGUGCCCAAGGCUCCAAAGGAGAGCCUGGUCCCAAGGGAGAGCCUGGCCCAUCUGGACCUCAAGGUCUUGCUGGACCUGCUGGUGAGGAGGGUAAGAGAGGUGCUCGUGGUGAGCCUGGCGGUGCUGGACCUGUUGGACCCCCUGGAGCUCGUGGUGCUCCCGGCAACCGUGGAUUCCCUGGCAGUGACGGUGCUCCAGGCUCCAAGGGUGCCCCUGGUGAGCGUGGUCCCAACGGACCUGCUGGAGCUCAGGGAGCCACAGGAGAAUCUGGUCGCCCUGGAGAGCCUGGACUUCCUGGAUCCAAGGGUAUGACUGGUGCCCCUGGUGCCCCUGGACCUGACGGCAAAACUGGACCUUCUGGUGCCUCUGGUCAUGAUGGUGCUUCUGGGCCCCCUGGUCCUGCUGGAUCUCGUGGUGCACCUGGAGUGAUGGGAUUCCCCGGACCCAAGGGAUCUGAUGGUGAUAGUGGAAAGCCUGGUGAGAGAGGCAUUGUUGGACCCCCUGGUGCUAUUGGAGCCCCUGGUAAAGAUGGUGAUAUUGGUGCUCCUGGCGCUCCUGGACCUGCUGGACCAGCUGGAGAGAAGGGAGAGCAAGGAGCCGCUGGUCCUCCUGGAUUCCAGGGUCUGCCUGGAGCUCAAGGUGCUACUGGUGAGGCUGGCAAACCCGGUGAGCAGGGUCUGCCUGGUGAUGUUGGUGCCCAUGGACCUUCUGGUUCCAGAGGUGACAGAGGUCUCCCUGGUGAGCGCGGAGCCCCAGGUCCUGCUGGCCCCAUUGGCCCUCGUGGUUCUCCUGGACCUGCUGGAAAUGAUGGUGCUAGGGGAGAGCCUGGAGCAGCUGGCACUGGUGGUCCUGUGGGUGCUCCUGGUAUGCAGGGUAUGCCUGGAGAGCGUGGUGCUAGUGGUAUGCCAGGCCCAAGAGGAGAAAGAGGUGAUGGUGGACCUAAAGGCCCUGAUGGUGCACCCGGUAAGGAUGGCCUCCGUGGCAUGACUGGCCCUAUCGGAUCUUCUGGACCUCCUGGUUCUCAUGGUGAAAAGGGAGAGCCUGGUGGUGUUGGACCUUCAGGAGUGACGGGAGCUCGUGGUGCCCCUGGUGAACGUGGUGAGGUUGGUCCCCCUGGACCUGCUGGAUUUGCUGGACCUCCUGGUGCAGCUGGUCAGCCUGGAAAUAAGGGUGAGACUGGAGACACUGGACCCAAAGGUGAUGCUGGACCUCCUGGCACUGCUGGACCUGUUGGGGCUGCUGGACCUCAGGGCCCUGCUGGUGCUACAGGAUCUAAGGGUGUUCGUGGUGGUGCUGGACCUCCUGGUGCUGCUGGUUUCCCUGGUGCUGCUGGUAGAGUUGGACCUCCUGGUCCUGCUGGUACUUCUGGACCUCCUGGUGCUACUGGUCCUGCUGGCAAAGAGGGACAAAGGGGUGCUCGUGGUGAGAAGGGGGCACCUGGUCGCUCCGGUGAGACUGGUGCUGCUGGACCCCCAGGACCCUCUGGAGAGAAAGGUUCAGUCGGCCCUGAUGGACCUCCUGGUCCUGCUGGUCUUUCUGGACCUCCUGGCGUGAUUGGAGUUAAUGGUAUUGUGGGUCUUCCUGGACAAAGAGGAGAAAGGGGCUUCCCAGGUCUCCCAGGGCCAUCUGGAGAGCCAGGUAAGCAGGGAUCUGGCGGACCCCUCGGUGAACGUGGACCUCCUGGCCCCAUGGGUCCUCCUGGUCUGUCUGGAGCUCCUGGUGAGGCUGGUCGUGAGGGUAACUCAGGUCAUGAUGGUGCCCCCGGUCGUGAUGGUGCCCCUGGCCCUAAGGGAGAUCGUGGUGAGGCUGGACAUUCUGGAUCUCCUGGAGCCCCUGGACCUCCUGGACCUCCUGGUCCCAUGGGCCCAUCUGGCAAGCCUGGAGAUCGUGGAGAGGCUGGUUCCGCAGGUCUCGCUGGCCCUGCUGGUCCUGCUGGAGCACGUGGUGCCCUUGGCCCUGCUGGUCCUCGUGGAGACAAGGGUGAGGCUGGAGAGACUGGAGAUAGAGGCAUGAAGGGACACCGUGGCUUCUCUGGAAUGUCUGGAAUGCCCGGACCUGCUGGCCCCCCUGGUGAAUCAGGACCUGCUGGACCUUCUGGCCCUGCUGGACCUCGUGGACCCUCUGGCUCCAGUGGUGUUCCUGGUAAGGAUGGCAUGAACGGUAUCCCUGGACCAGUUGGACCUCCUGGACCUCGUGGUCGCUCUGGAGAGAUGGGACCUGCAGGUUCCCCUGGCUUUCCCGGACCUCCAGGACCUCCUGGACCUCCUGGCAUCGGCGAGACCUUCCCCAUCAUCCCCCAGCAGGAGAAGGCUGCUGAUCCUCUGCGCUCUGGCUACAGGGCUGAUGACGCUAGUGUGCGUGACCGUGAUGCCGAGGUGGACACCACCCUUAAGUCCCUCAGCCAGAAGAUCGAGAAAAUCCGUAGCCCUGAUGGAACCCAGAAGAAUCCAACCCGCAUGUGCCGUGACCUCAAGAUGUAUCAACCAGAGUGGAAGAGUGGCUCCUACUGGGUGGACCCCAACCAGGGCUCUCCUCUGGAUGCCAUCAAGGUCUUCUGCAACAUGCAGACCGGAGAAACCUGCAUCUAUCCAUCUCGUGGCAGCAUUCCUCUGAAGAACUGGUACCUUAUUAAGAAUGCUCGGGAGAAGAAGCACAUCUGGUUCGGAGAGUCCAUGAAUGGGGGCUUCCAGUUCCAGUAUGGUGGGGAGGCUGCUGAUCCCGAGGACGUCAACAUCCAGAUGACAUUCAUGCGCCUGAUGUCCAACAAGGCCUCUCAGAACAUCACCUACCACUGCAAGAACAGCAUUGCCUACAUGGACCAGGCCACCGGCAACCUGAAGAAGGCUCUGCUCCUGCAGGGCCCCAACGACGUGGAAAUCCGGGCAGAGGGUAACAGCCGCUCCACCUACACAGUCAGCGAGGAUGGCUGCACGUCACACACUGGCACUUGGGGCAAGACAGUCAUUGACUAUCAGACAACGAAAACAUCUCGUCUUCCCAUCAUUGACAUCGCUCCUAUGGACAUUGGUGCUCCUGAUCAGGAAUUCGGCAUAGAAAUUGGCCCAGUUUGCUUCUUGUAAAAAGAGAAACCUGGACAUUUAAAAUGUGUUUGUUUUCUAGGAGUCAUCUCCGAAUCCUUUUCUAUGCAUUAAAAAAACUCUAAUUCGGCUGCAAUCAGUCCACAUGCUUACACUUACAUCCUUGAGGACGGUGCUUGGUAUGAUUUUGAGAGACAUUCUGCUUUUUUGAGAAAAAAAAAAAAACUUUGAGGACCACUAUCCCAACCAGCAUCGACAUCAUGGACACUUAGGGAGAAUGUUUUGACUCAGCUGGCAACAAGAAAAUAAUAUAUGCCUGUAAAGUGUAAAAUCCCCCCAAGAAGUCAAAAAAGACAAAACAACCCAAAAGGUAAUGAAAAUACUGGUGACUUUUUUUACCAUUUAAUCACUGCAGAAGGACAAUGAAAAACCACACAAGUGCUAAUGUAUCAUUUUCUGGUGUCGAAUAAAUCUGAAAAAUGAUA